CGGAGCAAUAACCAUCGAAUAAGUAAGUACUUCUCAUUGGUGAUAUUUUCGAAAAAUCUGAGAAAAUCCUUAAAAUUUAAAGCUUCCACAUUCCUUCCAAUACGAUAUAAUCAUGGCCUCAAUCGAAUUUCUUGCUAAAUUAAUUCCUAAUUCAUUUGAUGGAGAUAGAUAUAAAGUCAGAAGUUUCAUAAAACAAGUAGACGCGGUCUUUGAAAUAGCCACAGAGCAGCAAAUUCCUCUCCUUUUAUUAUGCGUAAAGAGCCGAAUCACCGGGAAAGCCAGAGAACAAAUUGAUAUCCACUGCAAUCUGACAGAUUGGCCGUCGAUUUCUGAAUUAUUGCUGAACCUUUAUCACGAUAAAAAAUCAUUCGAACAGUUGCUAGAGCAACUCCACUCCAUGAAACAACAACGUAAUGAGAACGUUUCCCAGUAUUUUCAAAAACUCGAGGAUCUUUCUUCCCGACUCUUAGCCGCGGUUCACAAUCAAGUUGAAAACGAAAAAACCGCCGGAAAACUCGCGUUAAUCACCGAAAUGACUCUCAAUCGAUUCGUAUACCAUUCACACCCUCAGAUUUCUCAAAUGUUAAGAUAUCGCGCAUUUAACUCGAUUAAUGACGCUUUUACCGCCGCAGUAACUGAAGAAAAAGCUUUGCGCAUCCAAUAUGCGCAGUCGACCGGUCCGAAUAUUUUUUAUAAUAACGAGCAACGACUCCCAAAUGACCAAAAAUCACUCCCCUACUUCCAACAGAACUCGCAAGUUACAUGUAGAUAUUGUCGAAAUCCGGGACAUGUAAUUGAAGAUUGUUUGAAAAGAAUGCAAGCUAACCAAAAAAACUUUGCUCCACGAAAUUUCCAAAACUCAAGGCCCCAAUUUAAUCAACAUCGUAACCAAGCUUUUAAUCAACAAAGAUCUUUUAAUUCCAACUCAAAUGCAUCCCGACCAUUUUCGGGUCCACGACCACAAUUUUCGAAUGAAAAUCGUUAUCAAAAUUUUAAUCAAAAUCAAAAUUUUAAUCGAAAUCAAAGUUUUAAUCAAAAUCAUAAUUUUAAUCAAAAUCAUAAUUCUAAUCAAAAUCGCAAUCAAAAUCUAAUACGUCGACCAUUUCCUAAUCCAAACAUUCGAGGGAAUAUUCAUUUUAACAAUCAGAACUCUCAACCUCUUCCCCAAGAGACAAAUCCUUAUGAAACAAUGAACAACGAAAAUGCUUCUAAUGAUUUCCACCAAUCACAAGCUCUCCCUCCGAAUAGAGAAACUAGCGGAGUUAAUUACAAUUUUGAUGAAUUCGUUCAAUCAAGUAUCCUCCUCACAACAAACGAUCUAAAAUAUAUAUUAUUUAAAUGCAAAUCAGCAAAUUGUCCAGAUAAAAUUCUGAAGCUCCUCAUUGAUACAGGCGCAUCCCUUUCUCUCAUCAAAGCUAAUAGCUUGACUGAUUAUAAAAUUACGAAUCCAAAGACAGUUAUACUCAAUGGUAUCACACCAAAUUGUCCCAUCUCAACUCUCGGAGGAGUCCAAUUAAAUUUAGAAUACAAUAAAAAUUCAAUGAACACAGAAUUCCAGCUACUUGAUGCUUCCUCAAACAUUCCUUUUGAUGGACUUAUCGGUGAUGAUUUCUUUACAAACCACAAAUGUUCUCUUGAUUAUGACACUAAUACUAUGAAAAUGAAGAGCAUUCCUUUUAAUAUCCCUUUUUAUCAAAACACCCCUCAAUUCAACCAAUCACAUUAUUGUCUAAAUGCUCGAUCGGAAACAAUUAUAAAAGUUCCAAUUCACAAUCCUCACAACCUUAAAGAAGGGCUUAUUGAAUCUCAAAGAAUUCACAAUGAUCCCACAUUACUUGUGCCCAACGCAUUUGUUAAAACGAUUUAUAAUAAUUAUGCACAAAUCACUGUCGUCAACUGGUCAAACGAAAGGAAAAUUGUACCCAGUUUCCAUAUCUCAAUAUCCCCUAUUCCGGUUCAAAGAACAAUUUUUGCUAUCAGCCCCAAAGUUGCAAAAAAUCGCAACGCUCGAUUAAACAUUUUGAACGAAAAUUUACGGCUCUCACAUCUCAACGAGGAACAAAAAAAAGCAAUCCGUGAUUUAUGUAAUGAAUAUGAAGACAUCUUUCAUCUGCCUGGCGAUUUUUUAACAGCAACUACUGCUGCAGAAGCCACCAUCAGAACUACUGAUGACAUCCCAGUUCACGUAAAAAGUUAUCGCUACCCUGAAAUACACAAAGAUGAAGUAAAUAAACAAACUCGUAACAUGCUAGAUCAAAGUAUCACGUCCCCAUCUAAUAGUCCAUGGUCAAGUCCUCUAUGGGUAGUCCCGAAAAAACUGGAUGCCUCAGGUGCACAAAAAUGGCGUAUAGUAAUAGAUUUUAGAAAACUAAAUGAGAAAACCAUAGGUGACGCCUAUCCCUUACCUAACAUCGAAGAUAUCCUAGACCAGUUGGGUCAUGCUCAAUUUUUCACAACCCUCGACCUUGCGAGCGGUUUCCAUCAAAUCCCUAUGAAUCCAGAAGAUGCAGAAAAAACUGCUUUUUCUACCCCAGACGGACAUUUUCAAUUCCAGCGAAUGCCAUUCGGUUUAAAAAACGCCCCAGCUAUUUUUCAACGGGCUAUGCACACUGUAUUGAGCGGUCUCAAUAAUACUCAAUGUUUUGUAUAUCUCGACGAUAUUGUAAUCUACGGAUCAAAUUUAGAUGAUCAUAAUCAGAAAUUAAAAAAUGUUUUCACUCGACUUCGCGAAAAUACCCUUAAACUUCAACCCGAUAAAUGUGAAUUUCUACGCGAAUCCUGCCAUUAUCUUGGCCAUGUAAUCUCUCGUGACGGUGUAAAACCCAAUCCCAAUAAAAUCUCUUCCAUCCGAAAUAUUUCACGUCCUCAGAACCCUAAACAAAUUAAAAUGUUCCUAGGAAUGACGGGUUAUUAUCGAAAAUUUAUUGAAAAUUUCUCAAUGAUCGCGAAACCUCUCACUUUACUAUUAAAAAAGAAUGUAGAAUUCAAAUGGACAGAGUCACAAGAACAGGCUGUCAACACAUUAAAAAGAAAAUUAAUGGAAGAACCAUUACUUCAGUACCCCGACUUUUCAAAAAGAUUCUCUCUCACAACCGAUGCUUCCAACGUUGGAAUCGGUGGUGUUCUUUCCCAAAAUAAAGAUGGUAAAGAUUUGCCGGUAGCCUAUUACUCGCGCACCUUGAAUAAUGCCGAACAAAAUUAUUCAACUACUGAGAAAGAACUUUUAGCCGUUGUCGCAGCAAUGGAACACUUUCGCCCUUAUUUAUAUGGUCGUGAAUUCGAUGUGUACACUGACCAUCGACCACUCCAGUGGUUAUUUAAUUGUAAAAACCCUAAUUCAAAAUUAGUCAGAUGGCGCCUACGAUUACACGACUAUCAGUAUGUCAUUCAAUAUAAACCUGGUAGAAUCAAUUCAAAUGCCGACGGACUUUCCAGACUUCCUCUUGUUUCAAACGCAAAUGCUCCAAUCACAGACGAAAUAAAAAUUAAUACGGCUUUUAGUUCACAAUCAUCCUACCAAGAUUUCGUGAAAUUUCAUUAUAUCAACAAGGAAAUUAUUGAAUACGAAAAAAUUAAUUCUCCCCUAUUCAAGAUUCGUGAACCCCUUGUAAUGCUAUGGUCUGAAGAUCUAGAUGAAAGUAACCAAUAUUCUGAAUUUAUCCAAUCUUAUUUUAAUAUCGAUAAAAUCGAUCCAUCACUCAAUGGAGUGUCCAAAUUAACUUCAUUAACCCAAACGGUCUACUUACUUUUCCCAAAGACAUUUCACCAUGACAAACUAGCAUAUAAAAACAUUUUCGAGUCCCUCAAAACGUUACAGAGUUGUAUCAAGUCUUCCAAUUUCGUAUUUGUUCCACCCGUUCGUGACGAUAAUAUUAAAAUACAGUUUUUAAAUGAAAUGAUUAAAUUUGUAUUCCCUAAGAAUGAGAUUAAGAUUUUUAAUACAACCCGUAAGAUCCCGAAAGACCAAGAUGAAGUCAAAAUUAUUCUUCAAGAGAAUCACUCAAGCAAACUUGCCGGACAUUUUGGCUAUAAUAAGACGUAUGCCAAAAUCAAAGAGCGUUAUUAUUGGUCGAAUAUGAAGGCAGACAUUAGAAAGUUUAUCAAACAAUGCCAUUCGUGUCAAAUAAAUAAAACAAAUUUUCAUCCUACGAAACAGCCAAUGCAGAUCACUACAACUGCAAGCGCGCCCUUUGAAAGAAUUGCGAUUGAUGUAGUAGGUCCUCUUCCCCUUACCGAACAAGGAAAUAGAUUUAUAUUAACAUUACAAGAUGAUUUAUCGAAAUUUACUGUUGCCUUUCCAUUACCGAACCAUGAAGCCCUAACUGUCGCGAAGACGCUAACUUCCUUCUUUUUAAUAUUUGGUAUCCCAAAGGAGCUACUCUCAGAUCUCGGUAGCGACUUUAUGUCAGAUUUAAUUAAGAGAUUGACAAAUCUCCUAAGAACCAAACAUAUCACGACAACCCCUUACCAUCCUCAAACCAAUGGUGCCCUAGAACGGUCACAUUUAAUUCUUAAAGACUAUUUAAAGCAUUUUAUUAAACUCGAUCAGAGUGAUUGGGAUCUCUAUGUCCCCCGGCAAUGUUCAGUCACAAUGCUGCAGUGCACAAAUCGACUGGAUAUAUGCCGUAUGAAUUAUUGUUUGGAACUAAACCCUAUCUUCCUUCUUCCCUCACUCAAGAACCCGAAUUCCACUAUACGUAUGACGAUUACGUUCGAGCACUCAAAUUCCGAUUAAAUAAAUCGUUUCAAAUUGCCCGACAAAGCUUGAUAUCCUCCAAGGAAAAGAGUAAAGAUUAUUACGAUAGGAAAAUUCAUCCCGUAGAAUUUAAUAUCGGUGACCUUGUAUUAAUCAAACAAUUCACAAUUACUGCCGGAAAAUCCAAGAAAUUAAGUACACCCACUAAAGGCCCAUUUAAAAUCGUGAAAAUCCAUAAUAAUCUAACCGUAGAUAUCCAAAUUACUAAAAACAAAAUAAAAAGAUACCACACUAACCUUUUAAAACAUUAUUUUUCAGACGAUGAAUCUGAUAAUCUUGUUCCUCCUUCUAAUCUCUAAUUACUCCCAUGCUAACACUUAUUAUAAUGUCCAACAACUUCAAAAUUCUAGCGGAAUUUUCUAUGAUAAACUCGGUUUAGCACGGUUAUCGAAUUCAAAACUAACCCUUCUAACUCAUUUAAAUAUUACGCAUCUACAAAAUGCUCAUUCCGUAGCACAUAAUAAUUAUGAUCGCAUCGUUCGAAUUUGUAACGCUAAAACUAUUCAAUUCCCAAAUAUAACUUUUGACCAUUGCAGUCAACCCCUUAAGAACAUUCAAAAAGAAAUAGAAGAAAUCGAUCGGAAAAGUGAAAUCCUCGAUCAAUUAGUUAAUUAUAAACCUGGACGAUUCUCUCGUGGAUUAAUAGAUGGAGGUUCCUACGCAUUAAAUUGGCUAUUUGGCGUUCCCGACGCUGACGACGCUCAAUACUACAUUGAUAGUAUUAAUUCUCUCGUAAACAAUAAUAAACAAACCCAAAUUCUUUUGAAAACUCAAAUUCAAAUAAUUACUAGUACAAUAAAAAACUUCAAUAAUUCUCUAACUUCUCUCAGAGAACAAGAACAAACAAUGAACACUAAUAUUCAAAAAAUUAAUCAAUAUUUCACGAACAAUAAUAAACGAAUAAAUUACCUCGAGCUGAUGAUUAUCAUAUCAUCGCACAUCUCCGCAUUAUCAUCCCUAGUCGCUCACUUACUAAGUAAAUAUACAGAAUAUAUUGACGCUCUCAAUUUAGGCAAACACAAUAUUUUAUCUCCAACAAUUGUUACCCCUAGGAAUCUAGUGCAUGAAAUGAAACGUUACAAAGGAGAAUAUGACUUAUUAUUAAAUUUAGAUCACGAUGAUAUUACAACCCUUUAUAACCUUGCUAAAGUUCAAAUUAUUUUCGAUAAGGACAUGAUUAUUUUCGCUAUUCAUUUCCCCUUAGUUCAGAAAAAUAUUUACGAUUUUUACCACCUGAUUCCUCUACCUAUUCAACAUCAGAAUAGUUCCUACUUUUCAUUCAUUAAUCCUAAAAACAAAUAUCUCCUUAUGGCCCAAUCCAUGACCCAAUAUUCCUACGUACAAGAUCUCUCAGACUGCAUCGAAUAUCUUCAUGAGAGGUAUGUUUGUAUUCGAAUACAUGCUACCCAAACAACGGAAAGGACGAGCUGUGAAGUCCAGCUAUUAUCACCUCACAUAACCCAGCUCCCCAGAGACUGCGAUACUUCUACUAUCAAAGCCGUGAUCGAGACCUGGAAAUAUGUGAGAAACAAUCAAUGGAUCUACGUUCUUCAAAGACCAAUUACCGUAACCACUCUUUGCACUGGAGAAAAAGCUCACAUGGAAGACAUAAUCCUCCACCAAACUGGAAUCUUUUCACUUCACUCACAAUGUAAAGCAUACACCGAAUCAUAUGUGUUAGAAUCGACUAAUCGUACCAGCCAAAAUAUAUCCUUCUACGUUCCAACUAUCCGCAUCACAGAAGAAGACUGCUGCAUCCGUCUACCAAAUAUAUCCAAGGAACACACGGAACUUCUCCAAACUGUUCAUCUCACCAAUGUGGACCUCAACGAUUUCAAGUAUGCCUCUAAGAAGCUGUCAGAAUUCGACGAAGCCCUGACGAAGCAAAUUAAUGAGCCAUCUAUCGCCACGCACCAUAAAUGGUACACUACUGUUCUACUUGCAAUCGGAAGUAUUAUCUGCCUAAUAAUAUUAUUCAACUGUUGCCGCUGGUGUGGAUGUUUCAACUUAUUACGACGUUUCUGCUGUUUCACACGGAAUCCUGCUAAUGGACAAUUGGUCUCUCCAAUCAUCAAAAAUUUCGUAAACUGCAACUUCGAUUCCAAUUUCCAAUCGGAUUAUCAUCGAGAAGCCCCAGAACAAAUCUGCUAUCACCACCACGUUGGUCCUGAUCCACCCAUUAACACGACGACGUCAUCGACUCACACCGAAGAUGAAGUCAUCUUGAUGUCAUCAAACCCUCCAAGACGACUCAGCGUUAAACCACGCAGGAGUACCACUCCACUUUAAUUUCAUUGAUAUAUUAAUCUAAACAAAACUUUCAUUAAAUUACAUUCUAUCAUUAAUUAGACUUUGAUAAUUAUAGAAUUACUGCAAUCAGUUAUAGGAUUAGAUUUCAUGAUAUUAUUGAUUCCAACUAUUGUAAUUUCUAUUCAAUUUAGAUUUAUCCAUUCAAUAUUUUAUAAUUUUAAAGUAUCCAACUUUCUCGUAAUUAAGUAUAAUUCAUUGUAAUUGUUAGCUAUAAGUAUAUUGAAAAUGGUAUUUUCAAUCUUGAGGAAGGAGGUGUUGUAUACCCCAAAAUUCCAGCCUUAAAACCUUAUAAUUAAAACCUUAAACCGUUAAAAGCAAAAUCCUAUCCUAAAACCAUUCCAACUUUCUCCCCAAUAAACAACCCUCAUUUAGGAGAUUUUCCUUAUGAAGAGUCCCACUCAAUACCCUUCCUGAUCCUCAGGCCCAUAUGUCCACUCUCUACCCCUACUCCAAUCCUCUAAUAGCUAUCAUAUGGUCAUCCCUCAAACUCUCCCAAACAUAUCUAGUAGUCCUCACUUUUCGAACACCUUUGGACACGACUGGUUGUCUCAGCAAAAUUGUACUCCCAGACAAGCGAAUAAACUUCUUUAUUUUUUUGAACCAUCUAAAACGAGUACGUUUACUCCGGUAUCCAACAGUUAAUUAACUUCCAAACAUAAUUAUAAAUAGAGCGAUGUGAAAAAAAACUUAUAAGUCAGGCUGAUAAAAAUAGAAAGUAUUCAGUUGUUUAUAAAAUGCUGGCUUCAAUAAAAUUCACACGGAUAAACAUUCUAGACAAAUUACGGGACUUACUGUUCACGUAGCGAUUACGAAAUCGAGUAGAAAAAUUUAGUUAGUGCUUUAACAUCAAUUCAAUUCAGCGAUUGAGCUAAAAAUUACGAAACGGUAAAAGUGUGUGACAGUCCUGUAAUUUUUUCCACAACUAGACUUUGCUUCGCCAUUGCAGAAAAUAGAUGUAAUAUUUAUUCAGUAUUUCGUUCCGUGUCGGCUGACUUUUUUUCCCCGGAAAAAAAUAAACAGUGUUGAAUAAACGAUGAUUCAGAAGUGAAACAACUUUUCAGCCGAUUCUUUGAAUUUGUGAUUAAUCUUUAAAUUCACGCUCUAUUCAGGCUAGUCAAUGAGGCCAUUCUCGGUCAAGCUUAGAAAAUACCUAGUUGGAAUAAUAUUGAUUUCGUUAUAGUUCACUAACUAUAGUAAUACCGAUUGAUAGCAUAUUUAUACAUGGCAAGUUUUCCAAUUAUAUUUUCACAGUCACUUGCCAGUGAUUCGACGCGUACCAGGGACAUUCCGGGAUAGAGCUAGCCUACGGGCUCUUCCCAAUCGUAACAGAAUUAAAGUCCAGGCGAACUAAUUGGAGAGGCUUAUAGAAGUGAUUAACCUUUUAACGGAAAAUACUGAAUCCCGGUAGUUACUAACUAAUAUACUGAUUCAAUUUGAAAGUUGGUUACCUGUUCGUUUUUGAUGUGCAACAUCUAUAGGCUCACUUGUAAACCGACGCGUUGGCCUGGCGAUACUUGCCGUGGCGACGGAUCGCCAAGCUAUAUUAAGGUAUGCCUAUACCUAUUAUGUGUAGUAGAGUGUACGGUGUGGCUUCUCACUCAGUUCCACGUUGUUGUUUACUGCGGUACACAUAACCUGCGUUUUAUUUAAUUUUUCAUUUUAAUUUUUGACAAUAAAAUAUGUGUGAUAGUGAUAACUCAGAAGAUCAAAGUGAUCAACCUUGUGCAAAGAAAGUGAAACUGCACUAUGGCAUACCACCAAGUCAUCAGGAUCACAACAUAUUCUUAUUGAAACUGGACGCCACCCUGAUCAUUCAAACACAAGGCAUAUGAUCAAUCUUGUUUAUCAUUGACCAAUCGUCACAGUAAUACCGGCAGAGGAAAGCUCAAAUAUAACUAUUACUGAAGUCACGGAUGAAAAUAUGUAAAUUGCGGCCACUUGAUAUUAAUAUCGAACUUUUAUAUCACAUGUAAAUAAAUGUUUAUUAAAUAAAGUUACCAUUUUCUGUAAGAAAUUCGUAAUACUUCAUUUUUCCAUUAGGCUAUAUUUAAUUCCUGUAAUAAUAUCAUCUUCUAUGCAUAUUACUUGUACACACACGAUGUUUCACAUCUGCCAGGCGUCCCAUGACGGCUUACAUUUUUUUUCAAAUAAUGUAAAUUUGCUUUCCGGCCCUCGGAAAGUUCAUUUGAUGAGGCUUGGUGGUGUAAGUGACGGUAAUCUUCAGAGCUCCAUCAGUAUAAAGUUUAUUACAUUGAGAGAAAAAUACACUAAAAUACGAAACAUUUCAUUUAAUACCAGAGAGAAUAACUUUUCUCCAUUUUUCAUGAGAACGGAAGAGAAAAAAUCUGAAAUGUUCAGGAGAUUUUCAAGCUCAUCACUGAAUAGAGGACCAAAUUCUUAUCUAAUUUACCCAUAAAAUUUUACAGAAAUUGCCCGACCAUCAUCCCUUUAAUAUAAAAAAUUCUCCAUGGUUCAAUAUUUAUUAUGAAAUUCGUGAGCUACUCUUACAUUCCGUUCCGUAAAAUUUUUCCAAUCGUCGAGAAAAAAAAUGGGGAAAAGAUUUAUUGUCCCCACAGCGGUGAGUUAUCAGUCGAGCGGUUAAGUUGUACAAAAAAAAAAUCGUAGAAUUUAGGUGGCAAUUUGUAGCAUUUCAGUUCUGAUUCUCACUUUCUAUUGAAUUUCAUUUCUCUUUCGAGGGACCAGUGUUUUUAUUGAUCUAUUUGAAAGGGCUAGCGUAUAACCUCGAAAAGUUUCUUUAUCUUCUCAGGCCUUUUUGAGAAUGAAAAUAUAUGAAUCAUCUCCAAUGAAAAGGAGUAGGUUAUAAAGCAAAUUGAUAUAUAAGUCAACGAUUUUUUGUUAAUUACUCAAUGGCGGGAAUAUUUGGCCA